AGUUCCACAGUUGCUGAGCUAUUCCUGUUAUGAGUGCGUGAGAGAAUGGUGCGAGAGGCGAUGCCUUCUUCUCCAUCUCAUGUCUAAUGGCGAUUAACAAUCUCGUAGUCUCCCAGAAUUGAUACUCGCCGAAUUGCUCUUGAUUUUGGGUUUAGGGUUUUGUUUCUCGGAGUCUCAGUCGGGUAAUUCGGAGAUGAAGACGAUCAAGCCCUUGCCGGAAGGUGUUCGUCACUCUAUGCGCUCCGGAAUCAUCAUGUUCGACAUGGCGAGGGUCGUGGAGGAACUCGUCUUCAACAGUCUCGAUGCUGGUGCGACCAAGGUUUCUAUCUUCGUGGGUGUUGGUACAUGCUCUGUGAAAGUUGUGGAUGAUGGAUCGGGCGUUUCCAGAGAUGAUUUGGUUUUGUUGGGAGAAAGAUAUGCUACGUCAAAGUUUCACGACUUCAACAAUGCGGAGGCAGCCAGUGAAAGUUUUGGCUUCCGAGGAGAGGCCUUAGCUUCGAUAUCAGAUAUCUCGUUACUGGAAAUCACGACAAAAGCUAUUGGGAAGCCUAAUGGUUAUCGAAAAGUUAUGAAGGGAUCCAAGUGUCUACAUCUGGGAAUUGAUGAUGACAGAAAACACUCUGGCACAACUGUAACUGUCCGAGAUCUAUUUUACAAUCAACCAGUGAGACAAAAAUAUAUGCAAGCCAGCCCCAAGAAAGUGUUGGACUCGAUAACAAAGUGUGUGUUCCGGAUUGCCCUUGUGCACUCUGAUGUUUCCUUCAGUGUUCUUGAUAUUGAAAGUGAUGAAGAGCUUUUGCAAACCAAUCCUUCUUCAUCAGCAUUUUCACUACUGAUAAGAGAUGCAGGGACCGAGGCUUUGAAUUCUCUUUGUAAAGUAAACGUUACAGAUGGCAUGCUGAAUGUCUCUGGGUAUAUAUCUGGUCCUGGAGAUAGUUUCAAGGCGUUGCAGUAUAUAUAUAUCAAUUUAAGAUUCGUAAGCAAAGGUCCCAUACAUAAGCUGUUGAACAACUUGGCUGCUGGUUUCGAGUGUACGGAUGACUGGAAGCCUACAGAUGGGCUACAAACAGGAAGACGUAAUAGACUUCAAUCCAGUCCUGGUUACAUAUUGUGCAUAACAUGUCCCCGUCAUCUUUAUGAAUUCUCGUUUGAACCAUCAAAGACGAACGUCGAAUUCAAGAAUUGGGAACAUAUACUUGCCUUAAUAGGAAGAAUCAUUCUAGCCAACUGGAAGAAGGAUGCAAGUCUUGAACUCUUUGAUGAGGGAGUUGAUCUACUGGCAAAAGGUGAUAGACAAGACCUGAGUGAUGACAUGAGUAGACUUCAAAAAGAGUGGCCAGAAGGUAUGGAACCUACAAAAAAGAAGCUCAAGAGAUGUAAUGAUCAGGCACCUUGUAGUUUUCUCUUGUCCCCGUCUGCUGACUUUCAAAGAGAUGAUGAUAGUAUGCCUCAAAUAAAGGACAAGUGGUCUCCAAAAUAUGAAUUUGAAACGAAAAUUCAGAAUUUCAAAGAGGAAGACACUGCAGCUGAAUUUGACCGUCAGACUGAUUAUCUUCUACAGUCAUGUGACAUAGAAAUGCAAAAGAAUGAAGACUUUCCACUAGCUACUGACCUUCAAGAAAGAAGAUUGGUUUCUUGCGCUAAGUGCAGCAAACAGUUUCUAACAAGAUGCCAGACUAGCACACCUCUCAAUAUUAACCAUGAUGUCCUGAAAGAUUCAGACGUAUUAAGUUUUCAGUUUGGAGGAUUUAAAGAUGAGUCGGAUGUCAGCAAUUGCAUUGAAAAGCAUCUCUUGCGUGGUUGCUCCUCAAGAGGAAGCCUCAUUCUUCAUGAGCCUAAACUAUCUCAUGUUGAAGGCACUGAAUCAGUCAUGCCUCAGAUACUUAAUGACAAACGAAGUAAUUCACUGAUUCAUGCCCUAGAGACCAGAGAAGGUGGUUCUCACUGUGAUGUUUUUUCUGAUACUCUUGAACUUCAUGGAAUGACGAGGACUCCUACUUGUUCCCUUGGGAGUUCAUGGCAGGAUACUGAUUGGUUUACUCCACAACCUUUUUCAGAUUGUAGAAGUGUUGGGGUUAGAGAAUAUUUUAACAUCAACCCCUUAGAUACUGCGGAAUUUUGUUCUUCUAAAGACAUAAUUGUCAAGAAAAAGUACGCUUCCUCUGUCAAUAUGGGGAGCUCUGGUGCUGGUAGUUUCCGUUUGAGUUCUGAGUGGUCUCCAAUGUUCUCCAUACCUCCUUCUGCGACCAGGUGGGAGUCUGAUUUUCAGAAAGGUUGUCAAAUUCUUGAAGGGAGUUUGAAGCUGGGAAGGAUGCCUGACCCUGAAGAUUUUUUCAGUGCCGCUAAUAGCAUCAAAUUUGAUCAUGAGGUCAUACCUCAAAUCGAUUGCCGGGAAACUGGCAGAGAUUCUUUCUCAGAUAUUCAGAACUGCACUCAGUCAGAUGAAAAAAAAUUCCAGUCAUUGUGGGGGCAUGCGGAUAAUGUUGAUAUUGAACAAUAUAGUAUCAGGAAAGACAAAUUCAGAUUUAGGGAUGGCAUACAGAAUAAUGUUGGUAAACGAAGGUCACAAAGAAGCCGCUCUGCUCCUCCAUUUUAUCGAGAGAAAAACAGAUUUAUCAGUUUAAGUUGUAGAUCAGACACAAAAUUAGAGAACUCUAUUCCAUCAGAACCUGAUGAUUUGGAGUGCUUGACACAACCUUGUAAUGCAUCUCAUAUGCAUCUUAAGUGCAGCAUCCUUGAUGAAGUGUCAAAUGACCACAUACAAGAAACAGAAAAAAGAUUGAGUUCGGCCUCAGACUUGAAAGUAUCUGCUGGUUGCAGGAUUGUGCAGUCGGAGACCCGAGUUGAGGAUGAAGACGAAGACUUCAGCUCAGAGGAAAAUCCGGAAACAAUUAAAUCCACAACGAAAUGGCGCCAUAACUAUUCAGUCUCUCAAGUUGCCAAAGAAUCACACGAGCUUCAUGAUCAAGAUAGUGUACUUGAUAUAUGUUCAGGUUUUUUGCACCUCCGAUCCGAUGAAUCAUUGGUUCCUGAAUCUAUAAACAGACACUCCCUUGAAGAUGCCAAAGUUCUACAACAGGUUGAUAAAAAAUAUAUCCCAAUUGUUGCUUGUGGAACAGUUGCCAUCGUUGAUCAGCAUGCUGCCGAUGAAAGAAUUCGUUUAGAAGAGCUGCGUAAAAAGGUCCUGGCUGGGGAAGCAAGGACAGUCACCUAUUUGAGUGCAGACAAGGAGUUGGUACUGCCAGAGAUGGGUUAUCAGUUACUCCAGAGUUAUUCAGAGGAGAUAAGAGACUGGGGUUGGAUCUGCAACAUUGAUGUAGAAGGAUCAACGUCCUUUAAGAAGAACAUGAGCAUCAUCCAACGGAAACCAACUCCAAUCACACUUAAUGCGGUCCCAUGCAUUCUGGGUGUAAAUCUAUCAGAGGUUGAUCUAUUGGAGUUUCUUCAGCAGCUUGCUGAUACUGACGGAUCAUCAACAAUUCCUCCAUCUGUUCUUCGAGUCCUAAAUUCCAAGGCAUGUAGAGGUGCAAUUAUGUUCGGAGAUUCUCUGUUACCCUCAGAGUGCUCUUUAAUCAUCGAAGGACUGAAGCAGACCUCACUUUGUUUCCAGUGUGCUCAUGGGCGACCAACAACAGUUCCUCUAGUCAAUUUGAAGGCAUUGCACAAACAGAUAGCGAAGCUCGAUUCCAGACAACCGUGGCACGGGUUCGAACGCAGUGAAAUCACACUUGAUCGUGCCAAGUCACGCUUAGAUGAAGCUAAAAGCUAAAAAAGUUGCACCUCUAUCAAGCCAUUGAUCCCAUAGAUAGUAGUUACAUUGUAAAUCUUAGUCACACUGUAAAUCUUUUCCUUGGAUAUAUAGUAGUUAGGUUGAUAUCACACUGAGUUUCCAUGCUGCUAUAUAACUCAUUGUAAUCUUUG